AAACGAGGUGGUCAGGUCCUGUAGUGUUUAAUUAUGGCUGAGCAGGUGAAAUUCUGCUUUGCCUGGCGUUUGUGAAUGAAUCAUAUGUAAUGUGUAAUGUGAUAGUGAACCACAGCGUCAGUGUCGUAUGGUUAUUUGAGCACCCUGGUUUUAUGUUAUCAAUACUGGCUGAUUUGACUGUUUAAGGAUACUAAUGCAGAUGUGUACAGAGAAAGCUGACUAUAAAUAGCACUCAGACACCGUUUAACUCGGACACACGUUUUUUGUCGACCAGAAAAAAAGACAGAGCAUUUAAAUCUGUGUUCAGCAGUGAGUAUCUGUCAGUAAUCAUGACGCUGAGUCGGUGGCUGAUGAUGAUCCUGUUUAUCGACUUCGCCUCCUCAGGGCGUGUGCUGUGGAAGAUUAAAGCACGUGUACGUGAGGCGCAGGAGCAGAGGGCCCAGGGGCAGGCGGCGAUGCUCGGGGUCAGCGCAGUGCAGCUGCUCGAGGGCCUCAUACAGCAACCACUGCAGCACUUUAACCGCAAAAAUGCCAAAACCUUCCCUCAGAGAUUCUUUGUGAAUGAAGCGCACUGGAAUCGUCCUCACGGACCAGUUUUCCUCUACAUCGGAGGAGAAGGUCUUCUCUCGAAAUUCAGCGUGCUGGCUGGUCACCACGUGUCCAUGGCAGGGCAGCACGGGGCUCUGCUGGUGGCUCUGGAGCACCGUUUCUAUGGCCAGAGCAUCAUCCCAGGAGGCCUGGAGACCCAGGACCUUGAGCAUCUCUCCAGCCAGGAGGCACUCGCUGAUCUGGCUGCUUUCCAUCAGCACAUCAGCCAGAAGUACAACCUCACCUGCAGGAACGUCUGGAUCAGUUUCGGAGGUUCAUAUGCUGGAGCUCUCUCUGCGUGGUUCAGGGGAAAGUUUCCUCACCUUGUUUAUGGUGCAGUGGCAUCGUCCGCCCCCGUCCAGGCCAAACUGGACUUCUCUGCUUAUAACUUGGUAGUUGGACACAGUCUUAGGGAUGAGAGUGUGGGCGGCUCUGAGAAGUGCGUCAAGGCUGUUCGGGAGUCCUUUGCGUUGCUGGAAGCUGCUCUGCUGGGGGGCAAUGAGACACAGGUGGGGAAGGACUUCCGCUGUUGUGAGACGCCAAAGAGCCCCGAGGACCAGGCGGAGCUCCUGCAGAGCGUGGCUGACAUCUUCAUGGGAACCGUCCAGUACAAUGAGGAGGUCGGGCCGCUGACCAUCACCCGCAUCUGUGACAUCAUGACCGAAGAUCAGGCGGAGGGAGAGGAGGCCUAUCACAGACUGGUCAAACUCUCAGAGAAUUAUCGCUCUAUGGAAAAGAAGUCGUGUCUGGAAGUUUCUUGGGCGAAGACCAUCCAGUACUUCAAUCAGACCACCGAUGAGAGCUUCGGGUACAGACAGUGGUUCUACCAGACCUGCACUGAGUUCGGCUUCUAUCAGACGUGUGAAGAUUCCAGCUGCCUGUUCUCCCACAUGAGGACGCUGCAGACUCAGACUCAGCUGUGCCUCCUGCUGUUCAACAUCUCCCAGCACACCCUGCCCGCCAACAUCGACUUCACCAACCAGUACUACGGAGGAGACCAGCCACAAACACACCGCGUCCUCUACGUCAACGGUGACAUUGACCCCUGGAUGACACUCAGCAUCGUGCGUAACGGUACCGGUGAGGACAAACACAGAGCCGUGCUCAUUCGAGGCUCCGCCCACUGCGCCGACAUGAACCCAUUGCGGUCCUCAGACAGAACCUCACUGAAACAGGCCAGAAAGGAGAUCGAGGGAUGUGUGUCUGCGUGGCUAAAGAGUGCAGCGCAGGAGUACCGCGAUUAACCAAUCAGAAUGAGCGGCC